GUGCCUGGAUGCUGGUUUCCCUCUCCAGCAUAUGUGACUAGUCCUACAGUGGGGCGACUGAUAGGGCGGCAAAGCGGCUGAAAAAAACGGGGUUUAAAGCCGCUGCGAAAUGGCUGGACAGCAGUUUCAGUACGACGACAGUGGCAACACCUUUUUCUAUUUCCUCACGUCCUUUGUGGGACUAAUAGUAAUCCCAGCCACCUAUUACCUCUGGCCCCGGGAUCAGAAUGCGGAGCAAUUAAGAUUGAAGAGCUUACGACGAGUCCAUGGAAGAUGUCUGUGGUAUCGCCUUCGGCUGAUGAAAUCACAGCAGAGCAUUGUUCCAACACUUAAAAAAUCAGCCCUGUUGUUUGGGUGGGCAGUAUUUCUUCUCCUGGCCUAUAAGGUGUCUAAAUUAGAUCGAGAGUACCAGGAGUAUAACCCCUAUGAGGUCCUCCACUUGGAAGCAGGAGCGUCUGUUGCUGAGAUUAAGAAACAGUACAGAGUGCUGUCUCUGAAACACCAUCCUGAUAAAGGUGGAGAUGAGGCCAUGUUCAUGAAGCUUGCUAAAGCUUACUCUGCUUUAACGAAUGAGGAAGCACGGGAUAACUGGGAGAAGUAUGGCAACCCUGAUGGCCCAAGAGUGACAAGUUUUGGAAUCGCUCUUCCUGCGUGGAUUGUUGAUCAGAAAAAUUCCAUGCUGGUGCUGCUGGUCUAUGGGUUGGCUUUUAUGGUUAUACUUCCUGUGGUUGUGGGCACAUGGUGGUACCGCUCCAUCCGCUACAGUGGUGAUCAGAUCCUCAUCAACACAACACAGCUUUUCAUGCACUUUAUGUACAAAACGCCUACAAUGAACAUGAAACGAUUGGUGAUGGUUUUGACGGCAGCAUUUGAAUUUGAUCCUCGUAGUAACAAAGAGGCCAUCAUAAGACCAACAGACAACAUAGAAGUUCCACAGUUGAUUCGGGAGUUGGGAAACAUUAAUGUGAAGAAGAAGGAGCCUCCGUUCUGCUAUCCCUACAGCCUGAAGGCUCGAGUCUUACUUCUUACACACCUUGCCAGGAUGGAUGUUUCUGAGAACAUAGAGGAGGAUCAAAGGUUUGUGGUGAAGAAGUGCCCUGCUUUACUACAGGAAAUGAUCAAUGUCGGCUGUCAACUUACUAUGAUGGCAACCAGCAGAGGAGGUCUUCGGGCUCCCAGGUUGUCAUCCAUAGAGAACUGCAUGAAGUUGUCUCAGAUGGUGCUUCAAGGACUGCAGGAGGCCAAGUCUCCUCUGCUUCAGCUGCCCCAUUUUGAAGAGGAGCACCUCCGAUACUGUAUCUCUAAGAAGUAUAAGGUAAGAACAUUGCAAGAUCUUGUCAGUCUGAAGGACUCUGACAGGAGAAACAUGCUGCGGUUCCUGGGGGAGGAGAAGUAUGAUGAGGUCAUGGCGGUCCUCGGGAGCUUUCCCUGUAUCAACAUGGAAACCAAACUUCAAGUGUUGGAUGAUGAAGAUAGCAAUAACGUCACGGCAGGAUCCAUUGUCACAGUUACCGUCACUUUGACAAGGAAGAGAAUGUCUGAGAUGUUUGAGAAAGAGGACGCACCGGUACCAACAGAGGAAACUAAUGCAGAGGAGCAAGGUGAUGCCAAAAACAAGCCAAAAGUUUGGCAAAAUAAGAAUAAAGGAGCUAAGAAAGCUGCCAAGUCCAAAAAGAAGAAACUGACUAAGAAGAAACCAGUCACCCAACAGCAAGCCAAGGGAGACAAGGCCAAACACCCCAAUGGCAGUGUGGCAGAAAAUGAUGUUGCUCCUGCAUCAAAAGUGGAAGAGGACGAUCUUUCUGAUAAAGGCAGUGAAUCAGAUGAAGCAGAGGGAAAUAAGGACUCUCCCAGCGAGAGAGAUGAGGAGAGCGACAAGCAGAGUGACACUGAGGUGGACGAGAUUGCCGGAGAUGAUGAGGAGGAAUGGGAGGCACUACAACAGAGCAUUCAGCGCCGUGAAAGGGCACUGUUGGAGACCAAGUCUAAGGUCACACAUCCUGUGUACAGUUUGUACUUCCCUGAGGAGAAGCAGGAGUGGUGGUGGCUCUACAUUGCAGAUAGGAAGGAACAGACGCUGGUGUCUAUGCCCAACCACGUCUGUACACUCAAAGACUCAGAGGAGGUUGAACUGAAAUUCCCCGCUCCAUCCAAAACCGGAAACUAUCAAUACUCUGUGAUUCUCAGAUCAGAUUCAUUCAUGGGACUAGAUCAGAUCAAGCCACUCAAGCUGGAGGUUCAUGAGGCGAAGGCCAUGGUGGAUAACCACCCUCAGUGGGAUAUCCCAGAAACUGAGGAAGAGGAGGAUGACCAGGAGGACAGUGAUGGCAUUGAGGAAUCUGAGGAAGAUGAAGAAGACAAUGACUAAACCAGUCAUUUCAUGCAAACUUGAGCACAGCUCAUACACCCUUGUGCCCACUCAUGCGCGUGCACACACACACACACACGCUCCUACACAUCCACAUAACCCCAGACAUUGACGUCUUCUGGGUCACCACACACUGGAGGCAAACAGGAGACAAGGAUGUUGACGCCCCAUGUUCCUGUUUAAAACAAUCAUGAAUCACAAAUCUGUCCUCCAAUGAAAAUAAGACAUAAGGAACUGUUGGUUAUCUUUCCCUGCGUUCGUCCAGUCGUUAUCAGUGGGCUGUGACAUGUGACAGUGGUUAUUUGUGGGGUCCAGCUGUGUUUCAGAUUCCUCUCUGCUUGAUGAAAAAGAUGCAUCGAUGCAACCAAUGCAUCGGAAAAAUAAAACCCAGAAUACCGCUGAAAAAUCACACACCUCAUGACUGUCAUUUUUCAAUAUCACCGUUUAUGCUUCAAGGGUGUUUUCUACCUUAUCAUUUUGUAGUUUUAUGUAGUUUAUUAGAUAUCAGAUUUACCAGGUGUUUCCACUUUUUACGAGGCUGUGUGAUGUGUAAUCUGGAGUAAGCAUGAACCACAAGGGUGUGGAUGUUUUCUGAGCUUGAGCAGGAAUUAUGGGAUGAAGGGUACUGCACUACUGUGGGUUGCAUCUCAAUUCUUUAUGGUCAUCAAGUGUGAAAGUCCAAUACAUUUAUAAAUCUCACCUAUUGUAACAACUUCCAGCUUUUCUCUUCACUAGCACAGGUUGUCUCAGCCUCACGAAAAAAAAGACUGCAGACAUUCCACAGGCAGGUCUAUGGUUUAGUCCUGAUUUAACUCCUAAUGUCGCUUUACCUAGAACUGCUGUCUGUCUGUUCCACAAAAAAAAAGCAAGCUGAUAUAAGAAAGAUUUCUUGGCACUGUGUCAUAACAGUCUAAGUAAUCCAAGGUUUGGAUUUGUGAAAAAGAGCAUUUUUUUUCUUCUCCUUUCAUCAGUUACACUAAUCUCUUGGCCAUGGGGCAGCAAAAGAUGGUUGGGUGUCUUUUUGAACCAAAAAAUUAUUACAUUAAUUUGUAUUUAUAUAUAAUUUUGUCUUGCAUUCCACACUCAUCAAAUAUGAAUGCCUUAUUCGAUGUACAGAUUUUUUUGAAGCCACAACUAUUGCAGAUGGUUUGUUAUAGAAACGAAUUAUUUAGGGUCUAUGUUUAUUUUUGCGUGUUUUGUGCGUGGCGGGAUGCCAACCAUGCUCAAACUUGAGGGUAUAUUUAGCUUUUUUUGUGGAUAUGAUUAUUUUCAUCUAUUUUAAAUGUUAUUUUGCACCAGUGGACGGUCUGACAGCAUAUUGGAAGUGCUGAUUUAGUGGUUAUGAAAAUAUUGGUCUGGUCUGUUCAUUUGUCAAUUAGUGGGAGAGGUUAAGAUGACUGAUAAGAAAUUAUUUGAGUUGUAAAAAUGCGUAUGAAAUGUAAUUUCAAUUGUUUGUUUGUUUUUUUGUUUUUUUUUAAAUCAUGAAUUAAUGACAGGAAA